AUGGCAAAAAGAUUAAUUCGUUCUACACGACAACCAGAUGAUUUGAGGUUUCAACACGUUUCUGCUGACCUCCUCAAUGAUUUUCUUGUCAAUUUAAACAAAAAGAACAAAGAAAACCUUAACAGUUUACCGAACUGCCCCGGAGUCUUCAAACAGAAAAGACUCGUCGAAUGCAUCCUCCAUAUCUCUCAGGAGCUGGAACUCGACCCACUGGUUGGUUAUCACGCCAUCGAAUUGCUACAAAGAUUCAUGGUCAAACACCUUUCGGAUAUGCUCACCACACCCACACCUCCGGGGGCGACUGCUGCAGAGCCCAGGAGUUACGAGGAUGCUAUUAUAGACCAACUCAAAGAUCAGUUCCCUCUCAUCCUCUUCUCCUGUGUGCAGCUUGCAAACAAGCUGUCUUUGCACCAUCAUAUGAUUCGCCUCGAUAUUGCAGUAAACUUCCUGCAUUCAGUCGGCCUGGGUGUUUCCAAAAAGGCCAUCCUGGAGUCAGAACUGAUGGUGUUGAAAGGCCUUGAGUUCAGGCUGAGUGUCCCUAACCCACAGACCUACGUGGAAACGCUUCUGGAGGUCCUGGGACACAACGAGCCAUCCAUCCGUGCAGAGCGUCUUCAUCCCUUGUGCCACCAUGUUCUCCGGUUCGUCACCCUGCAGAAGGACGUCGUCUACGACACCUUGUUAAGAGUUACCACUCGGUGUGCGAGUCCGUCCAGGGAGCAGAGAGAGAAGUUUGUGACCGUGACGGAAGACUGCAUGCUUCUUGGUGUGGCAGUCAUUGCCGUGGCGAGCUUCAUCCAGUACGUCACAAAAUGGGAACAGGUAAUCGGUGAACUGAGUCACAUGACAGGAAUCUCAAGGAAGAGCAUCAGUGAUUUUGCUCAUGUCACAUUAGUGCACAUUGUUGGUGAAAGUUCUCCUGCAGAAAACACUUGAAUUUUGAUCACUUAUCUUCUGAACACAGAUCUCAGUUUUUCUGCACC